GCUUUUACCCCUUACACUUUAUAUCUUGAUUUCUGUCUCUGUCUGUCUCUGUCUCUCUGUUUCUGUCUCUAUCUCUGUCUCUCUCAUCCCAUCUCUGACUUCCUGGUUGCAAUCCUAAUUCUUCCACUACAUUCAGCAUUUCAGAUCUUCACUUUCAGUAUUCAGCCCUACAGCCUGAGGACAUAUUAAUCUCUGGAGAAGGGAGAGCUUUGGGAGCAGUGACAGUUGUCUAGAUAGCAUGGAGGGCCAUGUCAAGCGCCCCAUGAAUGCAUUUAUGGUGUGGUCCCGUGGAGAGAGGCGCAAGUUGGCUCAACAGAAUCCCAGCAUGCAGAAUUCAGAGAUCAGCAAGCAGCUGGGAUAUCAGUGGAAAAGCCUUACAGAAGCCGAAAAAAGGCCCUUUUUCCAGGAGGCGCAGAGACUGAAGACCCUACACAGAGAGAAAUAUCCAAACUAUAAAUAUCAGCCUCAUCGAAGGGUUAAAGUGCCACAGAGGAGUUAUACUUUGCAGCGUGAAGUUGCCUCAACAAAACUGUACAACCUGCUGCAAUGGGACAACAACCUACACACUAUCAUAUACGGACAGGACUGGGCUAGAGCUGCACACCAGUCCUCCAAGAACCAGAAAAGCAUUUAUUUACACCCUGUGGACAUCCCCACUGGAUACCCACUACAGCAGAAACAGCAGCACCAGCAGCAGCAGCACGUGCACCUGCAGCAGCAGCAGCAGCAGCAGCACCAGUUCCACUAGCAGCAGCUAACCUACUUACUGUCCGCUGAUAUCACUGGUGACCGACCCUGCACCAUAGCAGGAGCACCUCAGCAAAGACCUGUGAUAGGUAAUCUCAUGAUACUGGCUCUGCUCCUACCUAUGCCAACACACCCCCUUGAUGUAAUUUACAGCUUGAGAUUCCUACUUGGUUUGGAUACUGAUUUCCCUCUGGUUGUAAUAAAGGUCCUGCUCCCCUUUUUUUUUUGGUGGGGGUGUGGGGGAGGAGACCAAAAUGUGUGUAAGGAUGUGUAGUGUGUAAGAAAGGAGAAUGCUUAGAAGGGCUUACUACAUACUUUUUGUUUAACAGCGUACUACUCGCAUUCUUAUGGCAUUUAAUCGAUGGAAGAAACUAGGUUUAGACUCAUAAUGAAUUUAUCUGUACUGCCAGCUCAAAGGCAGCAAACAGCUUUAGAGCCAAUAC